AGACCGUAAGCCAUUCUGACAACAAAGUGUCCCGGGAGGGGAGAGGAGUGGAGAAGAUAUUCUUCCUUUAACAAAAUAGCUACUGUAUACUUUAAGAUCUGAUGAAAGUGGACAAGCAUGAAGUAGCAUUUUAGAAGGCACUGGUUGUGUUAUCAUACAACAGUGAUAAACAGUGGUUUCAACAUGGAUUCAGAGGAGGUCAUGGUGGAAAUGAAAGAAACUGGAAAGUCGUCUGAUUCUCAACCAGGCCAAGCAGUCCCUCUUUCUGUGGUCUCAGGGUUGCGAAUAAUCCUGAUCGGAGAGCGAGAGGCAGGGAAGAGUGCUGUGGGCAACGCCAUCCUGGGCAGUGAGGUGUUUGACGCGGUGGGGGUGAGAACAAGGGAGGCGGUAAAGCGACAAAGAGAGGUGGCUGAGAGGCAGGUGACGGUGGUGGACACGCCUGGUUGGGAGUGGUUCCCCUCCAGGGGCUCCUCUCUGGGGGUCCGGAGGGAGAUCGUCCGGGGCGUGUCGCUGUGCCAGCCUGGCCCCCACGCGGUGCUCCUGGUGGUGCCCCUCUCCUUCUCCUUUACCAAACGGGAGCGGCAGGCGGCCGAGGAGCAUGUGGAGCUGUUGGGGGAGCGGGCUUGGGGGCAUACCGUGGUGCUGUUCACGGUGAAGGGUGGGCGGCUGAAGGAUGCCACCUUAGAGGAGGAGGUGGAGGAGAGCGAGGAGCUCCAGGGCCUGGUGGAGCGAUGUGGGGGCCGCUAUCAUGCCCUGUAUGGCAGGUCCAGGAAGGGCCACGAUGCCGUGGCGGAGCUACUGGAGAAGCUGGAAAACAUGGUGGCCAAGAACAGAGGGGAGUUGCUCUCCAGCGAGGAGGUACUGGAGGAGGCCAGGGAGAAGGAGGAGGAGGAGGAGAGGAGGCACCAGGAGGAGGACAGGGAGAGAGAGGAGGAUCUGAGGAGGGCCAAGGAGGCUUUGAGAGAGCUGGAGAUGGAGGAGGAGAAAGAGGAGGUGCAAGGGGAGGGAGGGAAGGCCACAGAGGAGUCCACAAGACAGCAGAAAGGGAGGAGGAGAUACACAGAUGAAAAAUUAGACACAGGUGUGGAAAGCAGCUCAGCAGAUCCUACAUCAGCCCCACCACACCUCACCUGGUCUGACCUCAGGGCCAUUAGAGAUCAGAGAUGUAAGACACAAUAAAAUUGGGGAGAAGACAAAGAAAGACGAAGAACUUGCUGACUUCCUGAUGGUCUAUAACAUUAUACUGACUACAGUCCAAAAGACAUUCAUAUCUUCCACUAUUGAUUUUGGAUAUGGACUGCAAUUAUACACUGAGUAUACAAAAUAAUGACUACCUUUCCAUGACAGACUGACCAGGUGAAUCCAGGUGAAAGCUAUAUUCCCUUAUUGAUGUCACUCAUUAAAUCAGUGUAUAUGAAGGGUUAAAUAAUGAUUUUUAAGCCUUGGACUGUGUAUGAGUGUCAUUCAGAUGAUGAAUGGGCUAGAAAAAUAUUGAAGUGCCUUUGAACGAGUUAUGGGAGUAGGUGCCAGGCCCACUGGUUCAUGACAAGAACUGAAAUUCUUCUGUGUUUUUUGUGCUCAGCAGUUUCCUGUGUGUAUCAAGAAUGGUCCACCAACCAAGAAAGGGGGGGUCCUAAUGUUUGGUAUACUCAGUGUAAUUGUCCAUGGACAAAUAUCAUCAGUUUUGAGAGUCUUAAGGUAUCUCUGAAAUGGACUGAAAUGUGUCAUCGCAUGUUCGUUAACUAUUUGAUAUAACUCAUCUUCAUGCAUACAACACUGUGUGAAGGAUUUCCCAUCAAUCUGCAUGUUCAAAUCAAAUCAAAUUUUAUUGGUCACAUACACGUGUUUGGCAGAUGUUAUCGCGGGUGUAGCAUAAUGCUUGUGCUUCUAGUUCUGACAGUGCAGCAAUAUCUAACAUGUAAUAUCAAUAUAACAAUUUCACAACAAAUACCUAAUACACAUACAUCUAAGUAACAAGGAAUGGAAUUAAGAAUAUAUAAAUAUAUGGACGAGCAAUGUCAGAGCGGUAUAGAUUAAGAUACAGUAGAUAGUAUAGAAUACAGUAUAUACAUAUGAGAUGAGUAAUGCAAGAUAUGUAAACAUUAUUAAAGUGACAUUAUUAAAAGUGACUAGUGUUUCAUUUGUUAAAGUGGCCAAUGAUUUAAAGUAUGUAUGUAGGCUACUGCCUCUCUGUGCUAGUGAUGGUUAUUUAACAGUCUGAUGGCCUUGAGAUAGAAGCUGUUUUUCUGUUUUUCUGUUCCAGCUUUGAUGCACCUGUACUGACCUCGUCUUCUGGAUGAUAGUGGGGUGAACAGGCAGUGGCUCGGGUGGCUGUUGUCCUUGAUGAUAUUUUUGGCCUUCCUGUGACAUCUGGUGGUGUAGGUGUCCUGGAGGGCAGGUUGUUUGCUCCCGGUGAUGCGUUGUGCAGACCGCACCAUACCAGGCGGUGAUGCAGCCCGACAGGAUGCUCUCAAUUGUGCAUCAGUAAAAGUUUGUGAGAGUUUUAGGUGACAAGCCAAAUUUCUUCAGCCUCCUGAGGUUGAAGAGGUGCUCUGGAGCCUUCUUCACCACACUGUCUGUGUUGGUGGACCAUUGCAGUUUUUCAGUGAUAUGUACACCGAGGAACAUUCCACCUUCUCCACCUCUGUCCCGUCAAUGUGGAUAGGGGGAUGCUCCCUCUGCUGUUUCCUGAAGUCCACGACCAUCCCUUUCGUUUUGUUGACGUUGAGUGAGAGGUUAUUUUCCUGACAACACACUCCCAGAGCCCUCACCUCCUCACUGUAGGCUGUCCCAUUGCUGUUGGUAAUCAAGCCUACUGCUGUUGUGUCGUCUGGAGGCAUGCAUGGCCACACAGUCAUGGGUGAACAGGGAGACACAGAUUUACCAUGCUUGUUGAGUAUUAUAGGCAAGUUGUUCAAUUCGCAGUAACCGGCUCUUGUCCACAUGCUGUCGCUGGUGGAGAACAGCAGGCAGGGGAAGCAGUAGAGUUGGCUCCUAGUAGCGCAGCCACAGAGCGUCUUUUCAUUGAUACCACUCAGAUUGAAAGGAUCUUGUUAUUUUCUGUCCCUUCCUUUUAUGUAGGUCCCUAAGUUCAGGUGUUGGUCAACUAUCCUUCAUCGCUAGAAAAUACAACUUUGAAGCCAUCCUGAUCAGCUUACUUUAACUAGAAGUAAAACGAACUUCACCGCCUGGCAGAUGACGUGGAAAGUCCAUAGGCAUGAGCGAGCUCAGCCUAUCCUCCUGCCUAUCCCAAUACUUUUUCACCCCAAUAUGUAUUCACAUUUAUUAUUUUAACAUUAUAACAUUAAAAUGUUAUCAUGCAUAAAAAAAUCAUGAAGAGGACAAAAUUAUUAUUGAUAAAAAUGUUAUUUAUUUAUCAUUACAGGUAUGUUUUCAUUCAUUUUCACAGGCACUGCCAACCCUGCCUAACCUGACCGCACGUCAUGGAUGUCCUCUAUAAGGGGCUUAUUGGAGCUGUCAUUUGUUACUGAGACUUGUAAAAGUGUGCUUUAAACAUAGUAGGCUGCAUUUGUUGAUUGCUUUGCAUAGCCUAAAAAGAAGAUUAUUUGAAAACAAAGGUCUUGUUGUGGCAGUAGCAAAGCCAUAAAUUCGUUGGUGAGCCUCCAGAAAUGUGUGUGGGCCCCAAAAAACAUUUAAAAAAAAUAAAAGACAAAAGCUAACUUCAUGCAAUUCAACACAUUUGGCCAUUGGGGCAAAUAGAAAAAUGUGCUGUUUUGAAGCACAUUUCCUACAAUUCACACAUUUUGCCAUGGGGCAGAGAGGAAAAUGUGAAGUCUUGUAGCUAAUCUCAUGCUAUUCUACACAUUCUAAUUAAAGGUAAAUUAUACAUGUGUUGACUGUGAUAAAGGCACUGGAUUAUGA